UGUUAGGUCUCAGUCGUGCGCUGAAUCUCUGACCAGUUGGUUGUGUUCGCAAAGCAAGGUGAUAAAAAUCGAGUAACAAGCAAAAGAAAACAAUAAAAACAAGAAGCAGCAACAAAAUGCGUUACCUGGCAUUGAGCGCGCUGUUUGUUUGCGCUGUGAUCGCCAGCCAAAGCCAAAUUGCAGCUGGCUAUAAGAGCGAGAUCGAGAUAACUCCGGAGCCCGAUGUGGAGGUGACUACCAAGAAGUCUGGCUGGUUCGGCGGCUUCAAAAAGUUCUUUGGCAGCGGCAGCAACAGUGAAACAACGACGACAACGACCACAGUGCGACCCACAACGAGCACCACCAGAGCAGCUGUUGCGGUGACGCCAGCGCAGAAGCCGCCGCCAUUGGUCAUCUCGCAUGCACCGCUAAUGCCGCUGGGGCCACGUCCCGAUACGCCCAGCUCAUCGCCAUUUGGUGCUUCAUCAGCUCAUGGGCCACAGUGGCCAGCGGCCAAUGGCGGGCAGCAGCCGCAGCAGCAGCAGCAUAAUGUGGGUGGCACGACGCCGGCAGGCGUACCAGCCGGCCGUUUGGGUGGUGGAGGCGCCUCAACAGCUGCCAAUUUGCCGCCCGGCUUUGCGCCGUAUCGCCCACAGAAGCCGCAGCCCAGCGGCUUCGAUUUGAGCUACUCGGGCGGUGGUGCGGGUGGUGCCGCUGCCGGUGGCGGUCCUGCGCCACAUCCCGGCUUUGGCUUGGCGCCAUUAACCAGCAGCACCACUACAACAACAACGACAACCACAACAACCACCACGGCGCGACCACGCACCAAUGGGCAGCCAGGUGGCAUCGAUUUGCGCUUUGGCAGCUCAACGACAACCACCGUGAGGCCUGGCCAGCAUAAGGAUGAGUAUCCCAGUUUGCCUGGGCCACGACGUCCCUCGAUUAAGGAAGAUUUUCCAGCAUUGCCCACGCCACGUGCGCCAGGCUCACCGACUCCAGGUACACCAACCUCUCCCUCAGCCUGGCAGGUGCCGUUGCCGACGCCCGUGCAUCCAGCUGUGCCAGCUGUCAAGCCAGGUGCUGGCGUUACGCCUACGACACCAGCUGGCAGUGGCAGCAGCACCACAGCUGGUGGCAGCUCGACUCAUGGCUCCUCUGGUGUCUCCUUUGUGCCACACACGCCUGGCUCGACGACAACCGUGCGUCCGGGCUUCCAAUCCGCCGGCAAUUCGUUGGCCACCGACGAUGAGAUACGUCAGCUAACCGAACAGCUCUAUGCCAAGGAGUCGAACAGUCAGCUGAGUGAGAUUACGGUUAACAUACAAGGACGCACACGUUCCAUUGAUAGCGGCGACGAGGCGCCACAGCCUCUGUUGAGCGUAAAUGCCAAAGCCUUGGAGCCUUCGACCAUAGCCAAGAUGCGUUUGCUGUUCAACAACUAUGAGCAGGAUACGCUGGUCAACGAGCAUGUGACGGCCAACGAGCGCAAGGAGGAGAAUGAGUUCCUCGAUGCGGUUAUGGCCACCAGUGUGAUGCGCCAGGCCAUGUUGUUUUUGCAGCAGAAGGGUCUGGUGACGCCCGAUCCGAAAACGCAUCGGGAUCUCGUCAAGGAGCUGUGGUUCACACAGUAUUCACGCGGUCAGGGCAAGAUUGGUAGCUCCGGCUUUGAGCAUGUGUUCGUCCAUGAGGUGAAGAACGGCACCAUCAUCGGCUUUCACAAUUGGGUCUAUGUUAACGAGGAGGAGCAGGCCGGUCGCUUCGACUACAAGGGUUAUAUGAAGGAGCAGGACAUAGGCACGAAGGGCAAAAUUCUGAAAGUUCGAUUCACGCAUCAGGGUUUCAAUAAACCCGUGGAUACCAUGUUCGUUGGCACCUCGCCGGAGCUAGAGCUGGCCCUGUACACUGUCUGCUUCCAGUUGCGCCCGGAUCGCACCUGUCCCGUGUCGCUGGGCAACAGCAAGUUCGGCAUUGUCACCUAUUCGUGGCGCUACAGAGGCAAGAGCCUCAUUGGCAGCGCCUAUCCUGAGAUUUGAGCCCUGCAAUGCAGCUCGCAACAACUUUUUUUUUUUGUCUCG